GAGGAUGUUUUAACUGUGUUAGACUUUUGAUCGAGAAAGGUGGUGCAGAUAUUUGCAUAGUAUCAGAUAAAGGACAGUCAUUGCUGCAUAUUGCAUGUCUUGCUGGCCAUGCGCACAUUGUUCGAUGGAUUGUAAAUCGUUCUGUAGCCAAUGUUAUUUUGUGGACAACGAAGGAUAACGCCAAUGCUAUACAUUGCGCCUCAUAUAGUGGAAGCGUUGCUGCACUCUAUGUUUUACUCCACACAAUUUCUCAUAAGCGUCGACGACAGAUACUUGCAUUGCGAGAUUCAUGUGGUAACACUCCGCUUCAUCUUACAGCUAUCAAUAAUCAUAUUGAUGCUGCACAGUAUUUGCUGGAAAAUGGUGCUGAACCGCGAUUGCUCAAUAAUGGAGGACAAACAGCUGAAGCAAUUGCUUGCACACGAAAAAAUUACCAACUUGUGAAACUUUUGUCUUACUGGAAAGAACGAAAACAGAAGAAAAGAAAAGAAUGGUUCCUACCGUUGGCGACAACCGAUAGACUGCAAAUGGACAAUAUUUAUUCGUCCAAUUGCUGGAAUACCUCAAACCACACUAUGCCGAAUAGUUCAAGCCACAUUAUGCCAGUUAAUACUGCUGCACCACUAUCAUUACAACAAAAUAAAGCUUUAAAAUAUUCAUGGAAAGACAACUUCAAUAAGACCAGUUCAGUUGAGGUGAUAGUGAGUGAACUGCGCCCAAUAACCUACGUCGCAUCGGAUGAAGGUGGAAGAAUUUAUGAGGAUCAUUCAAUUCAAACCGACCGUGAUUCCUUGCGAACUGCAACAAAGGUCCUGGAUGAAGACGAAUGGCGAGAAAGCCUAGCAGCAGUCGCACAAAUUGACAGAGUUCUGCAGGAAAUCGACGCUUGA